AUUCACUGUUCAAGUACAGUACGAUAAACACAAUGUUCUCUAAGUUGUUAUCUCUGUGCGCCGUGGUGGCGGCGUGCUCCGCGGGGCUGCUGCCCGAGCCGCACUACUCCGCCGCCUCCGCCGUCUCCUCGCAGAGCAUCGUGCGUCACGACCAGCAACACCAGUACCAGCACGCCAUCGCCGCGCCCGUCGCCAAGAUCGCCGUCGCCGCCGCGCCCGUGGCCUACCACGCCGCCCCCGCACACUACUCGUCCGCCGCGGCCGUCUCCUCGCAGAACAUCGUGCGUCACGACCAGCCCCAAGCCCACCACCUCGUCCACGCCGCCCCCGCUCACUACGCCGCCGCCCCCGUAGCCUACCACUCCGCCCCCGCCGCGCACCACGCCGCGCCCCCGCACUACUCCGCCGCCUCCGCCGUCUCCUCGCAGAGCAUCGUGCGUCACGACCAGCAACACCAGUACCAGCACGCCAUCGCCGCGCCCGUCGCCAAGAUCGCCGUCGCCGCCGCGCCCGUGGCCUACCACGCCGCCCCCGCACACUACUCGUCCGCCGCGGCCGUCUCCUCGCAGAACAUCGUGCGUCACGACCAGCCCCAAGCCCACCACCUCGUCCACGCCGCCCCCGCUCACUACGCCGCCGCCCCCGUAGCCUACCACUCCGCCCCCGCUCACUACGCCCAGCACGAGGAGAUCGCGCACCCCAAGUACGAGUACUCUUACUCCGUGGCCGACUCCCACACCGGCGACAACAAGUCGCAGCACGAGAGCCGCGACGGUGACGCCGUGCACGGCGAGUACUCUCUGGUCGAAGCCGACGGCUCCGUGCGCACCGUGCACUACUCCGCCGACGCCCACAGCGGCUUCAACGCGGUCGUGAGCCACUCCGCGCCCGCCCACCACGCCGCGCCCGCCCACCACAGCAUCGUGCGUCACGACCAGCAACACCAGUACCAGCACGCCAUCGCCGCGCCCGUCGCCAAGAUCGCCGUCGCCGCCGCACCCGUGGCCUACCACGCCGCCCCCGCACACUACUCGUCCGCCGCGGCCGUCUCCUCGCAGAACAUCGUGCGUCACGACCAGCCCCAAGCCCACCACCUCGUCCACGCCGCCCCCGCUCACUACGCCGCCGCCCCCGUAGCCUACCACUCCGCCCCCGCUCACUACGCCCAGCACGAGGAGAUCGCGCACCCCAAGUACGAGUACUCUUACUCCGUGGCCGACUCCCACACCGGCGACAACAAGUCGCAGCACGAGAGCCGCGACGGUGACGCCGUGCACGGCGAGUACUCUCAGGUCGAAGCCGACGGCUCCGUGCGCACCGUGCACUACUCCGCCGACGCCCACAGCGGCUUCAACGCGGUCGUGAGCCACUCCGCGCCCGCCCACCACGCCGCGCCCGCCCACCACGCUGCGCCCGCCCACUACCUCCACCACUAGACCGACAUUUACCUGCACCACCACUGUACAUACACACGCUAUUUAUUAUACCUAAAUAAAUGAACAAAACUUGUUUGUAAUGCUC